AUGGCUUCUCCAGUCGCAAUGAAACACUAUGCCAAAGCUCAGUCUGAAUUUAAACUACCGCUGAUUGCUAACGACAAUGCCUUCCUCGCGGAUGUAUUUUCCAGUCAAGCCGAGAACCCAGAGAAGCCGAUAUCCGCCGGCUUCUUUCGAAUCGAAAAAGGAACCCCUUUGGUCUAUACCUACACCUACGACGAGAUGAAGGUGAUCGUGGAGGGUGAGAUGGAGAUAGCGGAUGCUACGGGCCAAAAGGCCUCGGCUCGACCCGGGGAUGUUUUCUACUUCCCCAAGGGCACAGUCAUCACCUUCACCACUUCGUCGUAUGGAGUGGGGUUCUUUACGGGACAACGAGCAGAAGGCGGCGCAUGA